CUAGGAAAUUUAUGAAUUAUCAAGAUUUUGCUUGAUUAAUUGAUUAUCAUUCUCCAAUGACAUUGCCAAUAGUUAUUUUGUAAAGUUGAUGGAAUAUCUAGUUCCGACCCCCCUUUCUCAUCAAACAAUCUAUUGGACCAUCCUAUGCUAGGACUGGAUGCCGAUUCGGGCUACAUGAAGAACAAAGAUUCAUCCGAUGACAAUUUGAACUCGUCUCGUUCUAUAUUAUUGGGUAUGAUAAUGACACAGAGAGAAAUAUUUUAGCUGAUUGUUUGUGUUCAUAGGGACUCAUCAUGUUCCAGACACUAAAUUUGUUGUCCUCUAUUGACAUUAUGAGUUAAGAUAAGAUAAAAGAACAAAACAAUGAAUCAGGAAGGUGAAAUAAAAAACCGACCUUAGCUCAGUUGGUAGAGCGGAGGACUGUAGUUGUACAACAGCAUAUCCUUAGGUCACUGGUUCGAAUCCGGUAGGUCGGAUUUUAGCUUCCGAUUCAUUUCUUUUCGCAACCAUUUUUUUGGGCUGGGCUUCUCAUAAACUGGGCCCGUGGUAAAUGGAGGAGGGCCCAGAGCGGAAACCCUAACCAGCCCAGCAGCCCGCCGCCCAUGUCAUCGUUCCAUAGUACAAAACGAUAAUAAACCCUAGGAAAUCCUGGUUGCUCCUUUGCCUUCAAUUCCCUCGAGCUUUCAAAGACGCCGUCUCGUCGAAACCAGCACAUCAGCUCUCUCUCGCCGAUCUCUGUGUCGGGCGACAAUGGCUCCCAAGAAGGAUAAGGCCCCGCCGCCGUCGUCGAAGCCGGCCAAGUCCGGAGGAGGCAAGCAGAAGAAGAAGAAGUGGAGCAAGGGUAAGCAAAAGGAGAAGGUGAACAACAUGGUCCUUUUCGACCAGGGUACCUACGACAAGCUUCUCUCUGAAGCUCCCAAGUACAAGCUCAUUACCCCUUCCAUCCUCUCCGAUCGUUUGAGGGUUAAUGGAUCACUUGCCAGGAAGGCAAUCAGGGAGCUGAUGGCUAAAGGUCUGAUCAGGAUGGUGUCUGCCCAUUCUAGCCAGCAGAUCUACACUAGGGCUACCAACACCUAGAUUUUGCGUUUUUUUAUGUCUUCGUUCAACGUUUUCGCAUCUCAGAUGUUCUACAUGUCAGCAGUUUCCAAGAGUUGAUGACUUGUUUUAUCGAAAUAUUGUUGUUGACAGUAUUUUUGUUCUUGUUGAACAUGGUGAAAGUUUAUGCCGAUGUUGAGCUUGUUACGAUCUUUAGGCCUCCUCAUUUGCGAAGAAUGCAUAUGAGUUUUGCUGGUUUUCUUUUCCCUGGUGUCGAUCCUAGGUGAUAUACUAUGGUAUAAUCUCACCUUCAUUUACUCCUCCGUAAUGCGAUUUUAAGAGGCCAGACGAUAGCUAUAUCGAUAACGAUAUAGUAAACUCGGUUUUGGUUGUACGACUUCAAUUUGUGCGAAGAACCCUCCAUUUGGGUUAGGCAGCUGCGUUAUGUGCGUCCAAAAUCUUCAGUUCAUUAUUGGGCUGUCAAGCUAUGAAGGAGCAAUGGAAAAAAAUAAUCACGAGAAAUUUCGGGCUGAAUGGAUUUUUGUGUGAAAAUAUGGAGUAACCAACGGCUCACGUUAAAGCUCCUCUAGCCAUAAUUCCAGUGCAACAGCAGUCCACUUGAUUUUCUCUAUUGUUUGUUUUCUUUGCCAACUUCACAACAAAAGUAAUUAUGUCGU